CACAGACCAUCUGAAGCAGACUACCUCAUAUCUCUCAUGUUCUCGCAUUACGAUCGCAAUAACGACGGAAUGCUGGAAAGAUCUGAACUGGAACUAGUGUCUGUGGACGAAGACAUGAAGCAGCUUGCCAGCGGCUGUGACCUCGCUGACCUAAUCAUCUUUGAUGAUGCCAACAAGGACGGGGUUCUCAACGUCAAUGAGUUCUACGAGGCUUUCUCCAAGCUUUACAGUGUGUCUGUGGUGUCCCUGGACAAGGCCCUGGAGAAGAAUUUCGUGCAGGCCCGGGUCGGAGAGAACAUCGAGAUCAAGUGCGACGUGACGGGUUCCCCGGUCCCGCCGAUCAUCUGGACCCGGUACGGAGUUGACCUUUUGUCCCUCAAGGACGGGUCAAUCCGGGUCUUCCACGACGGCUCCUUGUACAUCAGCGACGUCCAAUUGACUCACGGCGGCGUCUAUGCCUGUCACGCAGAACGCAACGAGGACGUCGUCCAGACCCACGUCCUCAAUGUCACCACUGUCCCGGACGUGAAAGUAACCCCUGCCAUCCAGGCCCUGGCCCCGGGCCAGGACGCGUCCGUCGAGUGCUGGGUUUCUUCCCAGUCGUCAGCCAAAGUCACGUGGCUCAAGAACGACGAACCCUUGCAGUUGUCAAAAACACUCAAGUACCAGUCGUCAGCCAAAGUCACGUGGCUCAAGAACGACGAACCCUUGCAGUUGUCAAAAACACUCAAGUACCAGAUUGACGGCGAUGGGCGGCUGUUGACUGUCAAGUCCCUGGCCUACGCGGACACCGGCGCCUACAUGUGCGAGGCGACCAAUAAUGGCUGCAUGCAUCGUGGGAUCUCCUCACUUGUCAUUCAAGACGAACCUCAACCAACUGUGAAACCUGCCCCGAGUCUCUUGUUGGUUUUCUCGGGAGAAGGGAUUGGUUUGUACAACCCAGAAUCUUGUCGCAUCAUCAGGCAAAUCCAGGGCACCGACAUGAUUCCAGGCACACAACGCUACGUUUGUUCAGGGGACUCUCAGAUCCCGUGUCGCUGGGGCCAGGCAGUGAAUGUCGGUGAGCGCUACGUGUACGCCACUCAGCCAGAACUGCACCGCCUCGUCGUGCUAAAUUUGGCACAAAUGGGCGUCACGGAGGCCAUUGAAACGGACCCAUUCCCGGCUCGUCUGCACUACGUGCCUGCGUGGGACCAACUCUGGGUGCUCAAUUGGCGCAGCAAUGCUGACGUGGGCAACAAGACUCUGCAAGUGGUCCGACGGGCCUCGCAAAAGGGGCCGCACCAACUGGUGCACCCGGAACCCAUUCAAUCCCACUUUGACCUGGCCUACAGACUAUUCCUGCCUGACCAACAGGAAUUGGACGUGAAAUGGCGAUAUGGUUACGUCGGGCAUGAAAACCAAAGAGGACUUUACAAGCUCGACUUGAAAGAAAUGCGUUUUGUGCGGAAUGUGGACCUGACACCAUACAACUGCGUGCCCAACAACGUGGCAUUCAUUUCUCGAUUUGGGAUGGUGUUGGUGGAGUGCAAAGAGCCAGGAAGUGGGAAGCCCUCGGGGCAAGUGAUCUUGGAUCACCUCAGCGACUCAGUCAUUCAGUACAAGCCGGACUUCUUCGGAGUGCCUCGUGUGUCGCCCGACUCUCUUCAUGUCGUCACCAUCAACCACCAGUUGGAUGGAAGCUACAUGCUUGGCAUACAGAAAGCGGAAAGCGAUGGACUCCAUUUCCAAUUUGAUGUGCGAACAAGUUUGGACGUGAGUGACCUGGGUUUUUUCCCAUCCUACGAGAGACACUCAUUCGACCUGUUCGCGUCUUCGGGAGAAAAGUCCGACCUGUUGUAUCUCAACCUGGACUCUGGUCAGUAUUUCUUGUUUUAUCCACCAUACUGA